UCAACUUUAUCAAAAGAGAGGAACACUCUUUUCAACACCGUUAAAAGAAAACAGAAAAAUAAAAUCCUAUUUUAAAAUUGAGACCUCGAACAUGCUGCCGCCGGUGAUUACACCGACGAAGAAACGCAGGCUCACGCCUCCGCGGAAGGAGGUUGAGGCGAAUCGAGAAAUCUCGGAUAUGGAUGCGUCGGUGAGAGCGGUGGAGAAUCUUCUCAGGUACAGCUUCAGGAACAAGAAGCUUCUCGAAGAGGCCUUGACUCACUCCUCCUACACCGGCUCCGCCUCCUACCAGCGCCUCGAGUUCGUCGGCGACGCCGCUCUCGGAUUGGCCGUCUCCAAUUACGUUUACCUCCGCUACCCCGACGUCGACCCGGGGAAGCUCUCGCUCGUACGCGCCGCCAACAUCAGCACCGAGAAGCUCGCGCGCGUUGCCGUCCGCCACCAGCUCUACAAAUACGUCCGCCACAACGUGGCCGCGCUUGGGAAAAAUGUAGCGGAAUUUGUGACGGCGGUAGAGCAGGAGGGUGAAGCAGAAAUUUACGGGGGCUCUACUAAAGCACCAAAAGUUCUCGCAGACAUUGUGGAAUCGGUGGCAGCUGCUGUAUAUGUUGAUUGUAACUUUGAUUUGAAGGAUAUGUGGAUGAUCUUUAGUGACCUUCUAGAGCCUAUUAUUAUGCUUGAUGAGCUGGAAGAACAACCACAACCCGUUACAAUGCUCUUUGAACUAUGUCAAAAGGAUGGGAAGAAAGUUGAAAUAAGGUAUCGGAGAGAAGGAGAGAGAAAUAUUGCAAGUGUAUAUGUUGACGGGCAAUUUGUUGAGUCGGCUUCUUCUGAGCAAAAAGAGAAUGCAAAACUUCAUGCUGCAAAGGCUGCUCUGCUGAAGUUGUCCUAUGAAUCUGAUGAGAUAAUGAAUGUGGCGGACCAACUCAACGUGGACAAUGAAAUUGAAGGAGCAAAACAGAAACUGCACGAGCUGUGUGGCAAGAAGAAAUGGCCUAAACCUAAUUACAAAAUCGAGAGAGAAGUUGGUCGUGCUCACGAGAAGAGAUAUUUAAGCUCCGUCAAAAUUGAAAUCAGUGAAGGUACUCUUUUUGUGAUUGGUAACGAAAAGUCACGACUAAAAGAGGCAGAUAACUCAGCAGCUUCUGCAAUGCUUCUUGCUCUAAAGGACUCCAAGUACAAAUAAGUAUUCUAGUAUUGGACUUGUGGCUAGAGUUGUUAAUUUAUAUCAUAUAAAUGGAUCAUUGAAUCCAGUUAUACAACUACUUUUCAUUCAGUACUCAAACUACCCACAUGUAAGAUUAUCGAUUCAUGGUUGAUAACAGCAAUAAUAAAAAGCUAAACGCUUUGUUUUAAGUCUUAACCAA